CUUUCCCUUGAGGCAGAGAAGAAACAAAAGAACUACAGCUGAAGCCCUCCGCUGCAUUGGGGCCCCUGUGGGGCCGCCGCUCCGACGUGGACCGCUUGACGCGAAGCAACGUAGAAUCAGCGCCCAGCCGGAGCGAUGUCAACGCUCAUUUCUAAGCCGAGUCGCUCUACCGAGGGCGUCUCGCGUAGGUCCGCCGAGAAUGUCUCGCGGCGCGCCCCGAAGGCCACGGGAAAAAGACCUACGGCAGCGGCGGCCCCGCGAAGCCAGGAGCAACUCAUACCGGACGAGUGGGACACGAAGAAGAAGCACGGAGCCCAUGUUGCCGGAAAAUCGACGACAGAGAAUGCUGCCACGGCGACGGCGGUGCCGGGAGUAUCGGCCGACGCCGCCUCCGCGCAUGGCGUUGCCGACGAGGAGGCGGCAUCGGGUGCGAGGCCAGCCGAGGAGCUCAGCGCUAGCCAGGAGGAAUAUACGACGUCCGAGCACAAGCGUCGGUCGUCCGCGUCCGCGUCGAGUAACGUGGAGCAGCAAAGAGACGCUGCUUAUCAGAAGCUCCAUAAGCAUGCCAGGGAAAGACCGGACGAGCUGAACAGCGAGGAAGAACCCUUCGUCAAGCCGGGCACGAUGAGGCCCAAGCCACCACCGCCACCACAGCAAGUCGCCAAGGGAACGCCGACAUCUUCGCGGACAAAGGUGGCGGAAGCAGCACAGCCCCGAGGGAAAGAGCCAGCGGCUCCAAGGGCCAACUUUGAAGAGGAAGUGCUGCGCACUGUAAAACAGGUGGAAAAGAAACCCUCGGGCCAUUCGACGCCCAUGAGCAAAACGUUUCCAGCCAUGAGCGAGCAAGAAUUUCUGAGCCGAGUUGGGUCCCAUAUCGUGGUGAGGCAGCAGGAGCCGGUCGUCCCCAAGGACCCCAUCCGAGUCCUAGUGACGGCAGUGACGACCGAGCUAUCGUACCGCAUGCUUAUUCCGAUGGUGCGUGGCGACGUAUUCGGUGGGGACCAGCCGAUUGUGCUGCACCUGUAUGAUGAGAGCGAGAAUAUAUCAGACCUGCACGGCAUCGCCAUGGAAAUCGAGGACUGCUCGUUCGCACUGCUCAAGCAGGUAGUGUUCACCGGAGAAGACGAGGUGGCCUUCCUGAACGUCGACGUGGCCUUCCUGAAUGACUCGGUGCCCGUGGAUGGGGAUCGAGCGUUAUUCGAGAAGUGUGUGCAGACGUACGCCGGUCACGGCAAGGCACUCUCGGCGCACGCGAAGAAGACGGUGAAGGUGAUCAUCGCUGGUCACCCUAUUCACACCAACACCUACGUCUGUACCCGGUAUGCAAAAAACAUUCCUUACGAAAACUUCACGGGUCUGGCUAGGCUCAACCACAACCGUGCUGUCACACUCUUGUCUCAGAGACUGGGCGUCAUUCCUAACAAGAUCGUCAACAUGAUCGUCUGGGGUCACCGUGGUGACAUGCUCUUGCCAGACUACAGUCGAAGCGUUGUCAUCAAGAAGGCGAAACGAUAUAAGAUAUCGGACCUAGUGAGCCGCGACUACCUGGACGAAGGACUGCCAGAGGAUGUCAAGAUUCGCGAGGACCUCGUACAGAAACUCACCAAGCAUCCUGGCAUCCUGUCUCGGGCCAAAGCUGCCUGCGACCAAAUGCGGGACUGGUGGAUUGGUCUGCCAGCGGGUCAGUUCGUUACCAUGGCAGUGCUCAGCGACGGUCUCUACGGCGUCCCACCCGACCUUGUAUUCUCGUACCCGGUGUUCAUCGAUAACUCUCGCUCGUGGAAAGUGGUACAGGGAAUCUCUGUCAAUGAAAAUCUACGGAACUGCAUCACCGAGUCGGCCAAGGACCUCGAGCGGGAACGAGACGAGGCUAUGGAGAUCUGCACAGAGCUCGCUCUGUGAACAGAGGAGGCAGGCCUUUUCUGUGGCGAAGCCAACAAAACACAAGGCCAAGGACGUCUGACAAUCCUGGAAACGCAAUAACUGCUUUUUGCUAGCUCUGUGCCGGGAAUUGGCUUAUUCGAGAACCAUCAGCUUCACGUUAAUACCGGUACAAAUACAUUAUAACGAGCCGUACAA